AAAACAGGAACACCAGACAUAGGGGAGGGGAAAAAACGAAGUGAUCCAUUGAACCGAAAGUCUUUGCCCUCUCUUAAUUACGUAGUGUCCCAUAACUUUUCUAUUUUUUUCACUUGUUUUUUCCUAUUUUUUUUCUUUCUUCUGUACGUAAAGACCUCUGGUUAUUGGUAAUUAGCUUGAGGAGAAUAAAAACAGCCGAUCAGGAGAGGGGUGGUGCAUUGUGGAGCGAGAUGGCUAACAGAAUGGUUCUAUCACUCCUUCAUGGAUUCUUCUACCUAGCUCUGAUUCAGCCCUCACUUCAAGGAGGUGUGUACGUGCCGGCUGGUGCUGGAGUUGGAGCAGGAGGUGCUGGACCAGGUGCUGGUCUCUACCCAGGUGCUGGUGGGAUACCCGCAGGAGCAGGCUACAAACCAGCUAAAACUGGGGCUGGUGGAUAUGGAGGACGGGGUGGUGUUGGUGCUGGAGGUCUGGUCCCUGGUGGCGGGGCUGGAGGCAUAGGAGCGUUAGGCCUCGGAGGAGGAGGAGCUGGUGGGAAAGGCCCCAAACCUGGUUAUGGAAACCUUGGUGCUGGUGGUGUUGGGGUUGGUGGUCUUGGUGGUGGAGGAUAUGGAGCUGGUCCUGGAGCAGGCAGUCUAGGAGCAGGAGCCCUUGGAGGAGGAUACGCUAAGCCUGGAGCUGGUUAUGGAGGAGGCUCGCCGUAUGGAGGCUCGCCGUAUGGAGGAGGUGGUGCUGGGGGCUACUUCCCUGGAGGUGGGCUGGGACAGAAGGCAGGACCCAAGCCAGGCUAUGGGGCAGGAGGUGGACUACAACCAGGCUAUGGCGGUGGUGGAUUACAGCCAGGUCUAGCCCCUGUUAUUCCUCAGACUGGCCUACCUGGAGGUGGGCUGGGACCAGGUGCCGGAAAAGGAAAGGCUCCAAAAGGAGGAGUACCAGGUGUGGGGGUGCCUGGACUUUACCAAGGUGGCCAGGUGCCAGGACAAGGGUUUGGUGGUCGUGGAGUGUUGCCCGGUGUGGCCACUGGGAACGGACUCAAUCCCAAAUCAUUGCCAGGUGGAGGACAACAGGGACCAGGAGGCUCGGGUCGUGUUGGUUAUGGAGGACCAAUGCAGCCAGGAGUAUUCCAUGGAUACCCACUCAAAACACCCAAAACACAAGGUGGCUAUGGAGCGAAAGUUGGAGGAGCUGGAGGCAAACUUCCAUUUGGAUAUGGGGGCUUUGGUGGUGGUGGUGGAGCAGGCCUUCCUGGUGGCAAAGGUGGUCCUGGAUCCAAGCCUGGAUACCCCAUUGGAACUGGUGUUGGGACAGGAGGUCUUAACCCGGCCCAGGCUCAGGCUAAAGCUGCUAAAUAUGGUGCUGGUGCUGGUUUGGGUGGUGUGCCCGAUGCAGGUGGAGCUUACCCUGGAGCGGGAGGAGCUUACCCUGGAGCGGGAGGAGCUUACCCUGGAGCAGGAGGAGCUUACCCUGGAGGAGUCCCAGGAGGUGCGGGUGGCGUACCAGGUUUUGGAUCAGUUGCAGGAGGAGCAGGAGGAGUACCUGGAGGGUUAUCCGGAGGAGCUGGAGGUUAUAACCCUGCUGCGGCCAAAGCUGCUAAAUAUGGGGGUGCAGGAGCAAGCCUAGGAGCUGGAGGAUUUGGUGGAGUACCAGGAGGAGGAGGAGGUGUACCUGGGGCUGGAGGAUUUGGUGGAGUACCAGGAGGAGGAGGUGUACCUGGGGCUGGAGGAUAUAAUCCUGCGGCAGCCAAAGCAGCUAAAUAUGGACUCCCAGGAGGAGGUGCAGGCAGGCUCCCAGGUGCUGGCUCAGUCGCAGGAGGAGCAGGAGGAGUACCAUUAGCUGGGGCUGGGGCUGGGGCUGGAGGAUAUAAUCCUGCUGCGGCCAAAGCCGCUAAAUAUGGAGUUCCAGGAGGAGCAGUUGCAGGGUUAGGAGGAACUGGAGGCUAUGGAGCGGGAGCCAGGCCUCCCUAUUACGGUGUUCCAGGGGGUGCUGGAUUUGGGGGAGCAGGAGCUUUUCCAGGGUCUGGAGGAUACAAUCCUGCCGCCGCCGCCGCCAAAGCUGCUAAAUAUGGGGUCCCAGGGGGUGCAGGGGCAGGCCUAGGAGUUGGAGGUCUUGGAGGAACAGGAGGGGUACCAGCUGGAGGAGCUGGGGCUGGAGGAGUCCCCGGAGGUGCAGCAGCAGGCCUAGGAGCAGGAGGAUUACCAGGAGGAGGAGCAGGGGGGGUACCUGGGGCUGGAGGAUAUAAUCCUGCUGCAGCCAAAGCAGCUAAAUAUGGAGUUCCAGGAGGUCUAGGAACAGGCUUAGGAACAGGAGGACUUGGAGGAGUACAGGGAGGAGUACCAGGGGGAGGAGCAGGGGGGGUACCUGGGGCUGGAGGAUAUAAUCCUGCUGCAGCCAAAGCAGCUAAAUAUGGUCAGGGGGCUGUUGGUGGGCCAUGGGGUGGAUAUGGUGGCGUGCCUGCUGGAGGAUAUCCCAGGCCUGGGGGCUAUGGAGGGGCAGGAGCUGGAGGGUAUAAUCCUGCUGCGGCCAAAGCUGCUAAAUAUGUCCCAGGAGCUGGAGGAGCAGGCCUAGGAGCUGGAGGAGCAGGCUUAGGAGGAGCAGGAGGAGUACCAGGGAUUGGGGCUGGACCAGGAUAUGGAGGCUAUGGAGGAUAUGGAGGAGUACCAGCAGGAGGGGCUGCUGCUGCGGCCAAAGCUGCUAAAUAUGGAGUUCCAGGAGGAGCGGGCGUGGCGGGGAGAGCAGGAGCAGUGCCAGGGGCUGGAUAUGGAGGGGUACCUGGGGCUGGAUAUGGAGGGGUACCGGGGGUUGGAUAUGGAGGGGUACCUGGGGCUGGAUAUGGAGGAUAUAAUCCCGCUGCGGCCAAAGCUGCUAAAUAUGGAUUACCAGGAGGUGCAGGAGCAGGCCUAGGAGCUGGAGGACUUGGAGGAGCAGGAGGACUUGGAGGAGCAGGAGGAGUACCAGUGGCUGGAGGAUAUAACCCUGCAGUGGCCAAAGCGGCUAAAUAUGGAGUCCCUGGAGGUGCAGGAGCAGGCAUAGGAGCUGGAGGAGCAGGAGGAUUACCAGGGGGAGGAGGAGGGGGUGUACCUGGGGCUGGAGGAUAUAAUCCCGCUGCAGCCAAAGCUGCUAAAUAUGGAGUCCCAGGAGGUGUAGGAACAGGCCUAGGAGCAGGAGGACUUGGAGGAGGAGGACAGGGAGGAGUACCUGGAGGAGUAGGAGCUGGAGGAUAUGAUCCCGCAGCCAAAGCUGCUAAAUAUGGUAUGCCAAGCGGGGCGGGCAUCGGUGGAGAAGGUGUUCCAGCGCCUAUAGCGACGCCAAGACCAGGUGUGGGCGUGGGUGGUGGUGUUGGAGGAACUGCCAUUGAGCGCACUGAUGUACCAGUGGGCACAGGGAUACCUAUCGCAGGCAAACCAGCAGAGGAUUCAUCUCUAGAACCCGGUGGAACUCCCAUCCCAGAUCCCACACCUAUUGGCACACAGGCCACAGAGGCCCCAGAGCCAGAGCCCAGUGCCACAGGAGUAACUGGAGUUGGGGCUGGGGUUCUUCAACCUAGUGUUGGUACAGGCCCAGCUCAGCCUGGUGUGGGUGUCGGAGCAGGUGGCAAAGCUCCUAAACCCCCUGGUGCAGGGGGAUACCCGUAUGGUGGUUAUGGACAGGCAGGACAACUCCGGUAUGGUCAAGGUUAUGGACAGGGUGCUGGUGGAUAUCCCUAUGGAGGAGGAUAUGGAAAUCCAUACGGAGCAGGAGCUGGAGAACUUCCUGGAGCCAAGCCCCUGAAACAUCCAGUUGUGGGAGGAGCAGGCGGUGUGGCUGGAGGAGCAGGUAUUCCUCUUACUGGAGCAGGUGGUGGUGCAGGGGGAUACCCGUAUGGUUAUGGUCAAGGUGGUUAUGGACAGGGACAGGGUGUGAGGUAUCCCACUGGUGAAGGUCUGGGUGCAGGGGCAGGUCAAAAAGCACCCAAACCCCCAGGUUAUGGUAACCUAGGUGCGGGUGGUGCUGGUUAUAGUCCAGGUGCUGGUGUGUUCCCAGGUUACGGAGGUGGCUACCCACAACAACGGGGUUACCCACAGCAAGGUGGCGGCUACCCACUGCAACCCUACCCAGGAGCAUAUGGAGCAGGCCAGACGGCACCACUGACUCCUCAACAAGCCAAAGCAGCCAAGUAUGGCCCACUCCAGGGCUUCCUUGGUGGGGCAGGAGGAGGAGGCUACAGACCAGGAGGAGUUGCUGCUGGAUGCCAAAGCAAAUACUGUGGAAGGCAGAAGUAGAGGGUGUUCUUCAGAAGAAGUUGAACCUCAAGAAACAAUGGUGCUACUGCAUGAUCUAGAAUGUACAUUUUAUAUGCACAAAAUCCCCCAUUAGAGUAUGUAAAGAUAUGUUGUACUUUAUUUGACUCAAUAUAUUUUUUAUACAAACCCACCGACCCAGACUUUUGCACACAUUUGAUGUGACUUAGUGUUUUUGAUUGUGCCUUUAUCAUUGUUCGUGGUGUUCAUCAGCUCUUACUGACAUGCCUGCGAUGCUCCCCUUUUAGUAGUUACCAAGUGUUUGUGUGUGCAUGCAUGUGUGUGGGCGUUGAUAUGUGGCUGUGUGUCUCUCUAUGUGCUUGUGAGCUUGCACAUGUUGCCAGAGAUGUUUGGGUAUAUAGGAGAAUAUGAAAGAUUAUCCAACUAGAGCGAUUAAGCAUGCUUUGAAUGCAGAGAAGUGCUCCAAGUCAAAACCAGCACCAUUCCUGUAACUGUACAUCCCUCUCCAUGUGCUUAGUGUCUGUGUGUACCAAAGUUGGAGCUCUUCGCAUACUGACAUGUCAAACCAAGGGUUGAGCUUCAAGGGGUGUUGUUAGUAAAGUGCUGAUAAACUUUGGCCAUGUAUCUUCAGAACUGCCUCCUCUGGCUUUCUAUCAUCUCUGCUGCUAUUUAUAUCCCUGGGUGAAAUAGCAGUGGCUUAGCAUGUGUGUGUGUGGGCACAGGUUUCACAGUCCAUCUGCCCGCUUCAACUUUGACUAUAUUUUAAGGGCCAUGGUGUAAGUAGCCUUCUUACCUUGAUUUCUGACAAACUUGUGAAGUAUGAUGAGCAGGUGUUGCUCUGAAUGUGGUAAAGCUGAUGACAAUCAAUCCAAAGGUGUUCAAAAGAUUUGUAGGUGAUAUCUUGAGUGAUAUUCAUAGCAUACAUUGUGUUGGUUUGUACCCAAGACCUUUGAAACAGUGUUUUUUGUUUUUUAAGUGAUUUGAAUGUUUUUAGUUUUACAAAAAUGUAAAAGUAAAACUGAAAUUAUUUCGAUACUGCUCUGGCAUGUAUUGUACAUUAUGUAUGUAUGAAUUGAACAUUUUGUUUUAUUAAUUACGUAUAAUUUUUCUGGUGUGCUAGAUUAAGUGCCUAGAAUGUUAUGCAUAUCUGAAAUCAUUCUAGUUUCACAUGCAGUUAUAGUUUCAUUUAUGCAAGUUGUCGCUCAUUAUUCAAGUUUCAAAUGUUUCCGCUCAUGAAAGUAGACUAUCACCAUAUUUGUGUAAUCUUGAAUAAGGCAAAACAUGUUUGUUAAAAAAAAUAUAUAUUUGGGUAAUGCAUUUAAUCACUGAUGAGAAUUGUUAUACUGUAUAUGUAAGGGCUUUUUAAACAUGUGUCUGUGUGUAGGCUUCCCCUAGUCUGUGUAAAUUGUGAGAGUGAGCUCCCAUUUCACUCUUUACUUGAGUUAGUUACAGUUCAAUAAGACUCACUAGACAUUACUGACCAAAUAUGGAUUCACUCUGUUAUGAAGUUACACUACGAUGAAUCUUUAGGGAUUGUGUGGACUGUAUGUUGUAGUAAUUGCCCUAGGUUAUCAUGACUCUCACUCGCUUCAGUUCUUGUAGCCUACCCGUAGGGCUUUUUCUGAACUGUGUGAGCCGCUCGGAUCCGGGGCACGCCGCACCGUGUCUUCCAUGCGGUGGAAUAGUAUUCAUCUUAUUUAAAUGGCAAAAAAGGAGGAACGAUGGGGAUUUGCACUUUUACAUUUUCAUGACGCACAUGUGACUUGUUCCCGGUAAUCCCGGCAUUUUAUUUGCUUAAGUAAAAUAACGAAAUAAAAUGGUUAAUAAAUACA